CGAUUUGAUUUCGAUGCUGUACGGGUUUCUGCCACCCAAUCCGUCGCUUGGCGGCGUGACGUUCGCACUGUGACUAUGUACAUCUGAAUUCGUUGCCCAUAUACCUGAUUUUUCGAGUGUCAUCAGUCAUCAUCAGCACCCGGGUGGUCGUCGUCGUCCACCCUCUCGCGGUUUAUUAUUUGUUUAUAGUUUAUAAUACUGUAAUAAUAUUGGAAAAGUAAUUUUCGUUCAUAUGGUUGAUCAGUGUUGACUUGUUGGUAUCAUUAUACAUAAACGAUCCAUUUUUGAAGGAUGAGCCAGCAAAAACGGAACCCGAAUGACAUGGAAAUUGAUGAAGGAAACGUCGAUCCGCCCAUGGACGUGGGUCCUGGUACGUCGGAAAAGCAAAAUGCUGCGUCGACCGGUUCAAACGGCGCGUUCAGGGUAAUGGCAACUUCGGGAACGGUCGGUUCUGUUUCCAUAAGUCUUCAUCCCCUCGUUAUAAUGAACGUGAGCGAACACUGGACAAGACUGAGAGCUCAAGAGGGAAGCGAUCAAUUGGUUUAUGGCGCCUUGAUUGGCAAACAAAAAGGCCGAAAUAUCGAGAUUAUGAAUUCCUUUGAGCUCUUGUUCGCUCGUAUCGGGGACGAUGUAAUAAUAGACAGAGAUUAUUACAGCACGAAGGAACAACAGUUUAAACAAGUUUUCAGCGAAAUGGACUUUUUGGGGUGGUAUACCACAGGCGAUACUCCCAAUGAGCGGGAUAUCAGAGUUCAUAAACAACUCUGCGAAAUCAACGAGUGUCCCGUGCUUUUGAAAUUGGAUCCCAGACCAAAAAAUACAGACCAAUUAUCGGUUUCCAUGUACGAAUCGGUGAUUGAUUUGGUUUCGGGCGAAGCUACGAUGCUCUUUGUACCAUUGACUUAUACUCUGGCGACCGAAGAGGCUGAGAGAAUUGGCGUUGAUCACGUUGCUCGAAUGUGCAGCAACGAUCAAGCCGAAAGUUCACUGGUGGCUGAGCAUCUCGUUGCUCAACACAGUGCCAUUAAAAUGUUGCACUCGAGGGUAAAACUCGUGCUGCAAUACGUUCAGGCUGUUCAAAGUGGCGAGCUUAAAGGAAAUCAUGAAGUGCUCCGAGCGGCCUGUUCAUUGGGUCAUCGGUUACCCGUUCUCGACACCCCGAACUUUCGCGCUGAUUUUUAUAAUCAAUGCAACGAUUUCGGUCUCAUGACGUAUUUGGGAAUCAUAACGAAAGGUUGUAACGACAUAAACCAAUUUGUAAACAAAUUCAACAUUUUGUACGACAAACAGUGCAUGGGACGACGCCUUCGAAGUUUCUUCUUUUAAGUAGAUUUAUAUGAUUUUUUUUUAUUCUUGGCACCAUGCGCUGUCCGUUCCUCCUCCGUUCUCUGGUUUUCCUCGUUAUUCAUCACCCGGGCUGUACACGGAGAUAAAAAAGUCUAGGCCUAUGAAAAUAAUAAUAAUAAUAAUAAUAAUAAUAAUAACUUAAUUCGUUAAGCAAUUUUGAAUUAUAUCGUUCGUAACAGUGAAAUCAUCAAA